UAUCGCAGACAGAAGGCUAGGCCAGACCCUUUAAAAAGUAGUUUUGGAACAGAAAAUCUAAAAUUAUCAGUACUUCAGACCGACACGCAGGAACACGCGCCGUUUCGCUGCUCGAAGCCAGAGGGACUUUUGAAAAAGCGCGCCAAGCGAUCAGCUGGCAGCGACAAUCGAUAGUCGGGCGAGCGUAGGGCCCCGCUGGGCAGCACUGGCGGCCGCAACGAUAGGCAGCGAUAGGCAACAGCGCCAAUCGAUAGCUGGGUCGCAGAAGGAGGAGGAGAAGCAGAGGAGAAAAACAAAAACCAAUUGUGAAAAGUGUAAAGUUUACAUCGCAGCAGAGUCGCGUGGCCAAAAGCGGUGGACAAACGUGGAAACGGGCAGCCAACCAGAUAACACUACCAUUUCUCUACGACGCGCCAGCGGGAGUUUUGCACCUGCUGCAGGCACUCUCCCACACAUACACACAAACGCACACACACACACUCGCAGGCAAAUCGUCAUUCUGCGCUAUUUGUUGUUUUUUGCGAAAUCCAAGACGAGGGCGAAUCCACAACAAAUGCAGAUUGGAAUCGGAGCUUGAUUGCUACGCGAUUAGUGCCUAGUCACGCGGGAUCAGCACACCACAGCCGAUCCGGCCGCAGGCAGAAGGGGCAAAGCCAGUGGAUAUCAUAGUAGCAGGGUAGCAGCCAGCUAGGAGGAUACGGAGCCAUGUCCGUGCGGACGAAGGUACUCGGCCUGGUGGACGUAAUGAUGCGCGUGCCACCGGUGAUGGUCAUCGAUGAGGUGCUGAAGCUCGAAAUGGGCCUGCACACGUGGCUCAAUCCCAACAAGGACAAGCUGGCCAGUGAGGCGUUGGCUGCGCCACCGGGAGCAGCCGGCAGACAGGAUACGUUUGCCAGCAUCAAGGAGUUCUUCGGCCUCAAUACGGCCGAGGAUGCGAUCGCCCACAUGACCUCCUCCGCCCAAUCCGCCCUGGAACAGAGCAUCGAGAACGCCUCCAAGACAGCCAAAACGCACGGCGUGCUCAGCACCGGCUUCAACUCGCUGAUGAGCGAGCUGUCCAAGGACGAAACGCUGGCGAAUGUGCUCAGCAUCAUUACGGUCAAGUUCGUCAUCUGCGUGUUCGCUUUCCUUACCGCCGCGUGCAUCUUCAUGCUGUGGACCCGCCACCUGGUGAUGGUCUACAUGUUCCUCACCUCGCUGGGCCUCACCUUCCUGUCCUACUGGUCCAACGUGAGCGCAUUGUCGCUGAUGGAGCGGAGUCCCAGCAUGCUGGAGGAGCUCAUGUCGCUGAACACCACGAGGCUGCUGGACUCGGGCGGGGUGGUCAUGUCGCUGGCGCCGCACCUGAUGGCCCAGUGGUUCAUGGGCAUGCUGUUCGCGUACAUUCACCUGGGUCCGAGGUUCGAGAUGCUCCAGAAAUCGAUGCCCAUCAUCUUUACUAGUCCAAUUCUGUUGGCCAUGAUGCCGCUGCCGGCGAAAGUGGUGCAACACCUGCCCGUGGUGGCCGCAUUUACGCCCAUCAUUCUCACAAAGAUCACGCUGAUGCACAGCGCCAUGGAGGCGAGUCGAACGGUCUACAAUGGUUACCAGUACGCCAUGAACUUUGUGUCCAACUUUGGACUGUCGGCGCUCAUCGAAAACGAAUGGCAGCGGCUCAAUGUGCCCAACGUUCUGAGGGUUUUUUGGACCAUCAGAAUAAUACAAGGCGGCUAUGCUCUGGCCACGACGGAAUCGGACGAGCCCCUGGAUCUAGUGACGUCCACACAGAAGCUGCUCGUCGAUGGCUGUGAGACGCUGACGGCGGUCCUGGGCAUGACGGGUGUCAUCUCGAUGAUCUGCCACUACAUCGGACGCUGCUUCCAGUGGUACCUGAUGACCUACGACAACGACGAGGAGAAGUCGCUGGGCACUGUCUCCGCAGUGCUCUUCUACAUCCUCGCUCUGCAGACAGGACUAACAUCGCUGUCGCCGGACAAACGCUUCAUCAGACUGUGCCGGAAUCUGUGCCUGCUGAUUACCGCCAUGCUGCACUUCCUGCACAACAUCGUGUCGCCCAUUCUGAUGUCGCUCAGUGCGGCACGCAAUCCCUCGCGUAAGCGCCAUGUGCGCGCCCUCACCGUCUGCGCCUUCCUCGUGGUGAUGCCGGUCUCCCUGCUCUACUACCUCUGGACGCAGCGCUCCAUCUCCACCUGGCUGCUGGCGGUUACUGCAUUCUCCGUGGAGGUCAUCGUCAAGGUUCUCGUUUCGCUGGCCACCUACACGCUCUUCCUGCUGGACGCGCGGCGGCAGUUCUUCUGGGAGAAGCUGGACGACUACCUCUACUAUGUGCGUGCCUUUGGCAACUCGGUGGAGUUCUGCUUCGGCAUCCUGCUGUUCAUCAACGGCGCUUGGAUUCUGAUCUUCGAGUCUGACCAAAAUGGUACAGGCGGCGCCAUCAGAGCGAUCAUGAUGUGCAUCCAUGCCUACUUCAAUAUCUGGUGCGAGGCUCGUGCAGGCUGGUCGGUCUUCAUGAAGCGGCGUUCGGCGGUCCACAAGAUCUCAGCCCUGCCAGAGGCAACCCCCGCCCAGCUGCAGGCAUUCGACGACGUCUGCGCCAUCUGCUAUCAGGAAAUGUAUUCUGCGAAGAUCACACGGUGUCGCCACUUCUUCCACGGCGUCUGUCUGCGCAAGUGGCUGUACGUGCAGGAUCGUUGCCCCCUGUGCCACGAGAUCAUGAUGUACACGGACAAAGCGGACGAGAAUGCGCAGGAAGCGGAGCCAGCGGCGGCUGUCCAAGCCGAGCAGCCCAUUCGGAUAUACCCGCGCGACGAUGGCAACAACGCAGCUGCGCCGCGACGCUCCCCGGAGCGCGUUCCAGUCGAAGCACCAGAGGCGGCGGCCAGCAGCUCCUCCAAUGCAGCAGCGGUGAUCGGAGCGGAGGCCGUGUCGGCCAUCGUGGAGUCGGCGGCGGCUGUGGGCGAGGCGCGUUCGCUGGGCAGUGUGAGCAGCGUGGCCAGCAAUGCCACACACAGAAUCAGCGCCAGCGGGAGCAGCGACAGCAGCUACAUGUCCGCAUCCGCCCAACCGCCUCCGCCGACGGCCACUUCGGCUGCUGCUGUGGCCACGGCGGCGGCCAGCAACACGACGCACAUGUUCCGGAUGUCGCAGGACCAGCAGUAAUCGGGUGGGAUAAUAGCAUAGGACCGAAUCGGAUUGGAAUGGAUAAGAACGGAACGAAACGGGAGCGCUCGGCGUACCUUGUUUUUCUUAUAUAUCUUGCUACUUGGAAACGUUCUGUGUGUUAGUGUACUUAUGUAAAAAUGCAAAUCUUUGUAGCGA